ACCCAGGUAGCGACAUAAAAACAUCCUCUCUCAAAUCGCUUCUUUGGCAGCGAAGAUGGCGAACGCUCCUGCCUUCUUGCACCUUAUCGCGCGGGGAGCAGCAGGCCGCACCUUCCGUCACCAGCGCCUCAACAAAACGAAAACUUGCAUUCUCCAUGCCCAGUUGUGCACCCGCACCAUUCCUGUAGUCUUUCCUCGUGCUCGAAAAACAACACCUUAUUCCUUCCCCCGCUUGGCUGGCGUCAUACCCGCAGGUACUGCCCCGCAUCAGAGUACUAGUUACGAUAGUUGUCACUACAACAGUUGAACCUCUUGUUCGCUAAUCACCUAGGAAGCUUUACACACUUCCUCCUCGACCCGCAUAUCCACUAAGCGGUACGAGCCGCCAUGGCCUCAGCCGCACCAUUAGUAGAUCUGCCCAAAUCCAAGUCUGGUGCUUCACCACCAUCCACGGCGACCACGUCUCCAAUAGCUGAGGGUCACGACAAUACGACUCAAUGGCGAACACCUGAGAAUCCGAACUUUGUACAUCCUGAUCACGCAAUACCGUCACCAAGCUAUCCUAGCGCGGAGAAUCUCAUCAUCGUUUGCUGCCACGCCAUCUUCCUUCCGAAUGCAGAUGAGCCCAACUUCCCAUUGUGUAGUCCUCAUUAUGAGCCCCAUUGGCUGCUAGCGCCUUUUCAAAAGUCAGACGAAGCGACAGGCAAGCCAGGCGAGCAUGAGACGUUCUUGGCCCAUAUCAAAGCUGGUAUCGAUGCCUUGACUGUCGGAACAGACGCAGAGCAUCCUCCUUCGAGCAUUCUUGUCCUCAGUGGCGGUGCUACUAAACGAGCGGAAUCUUUGAAAACUGAGGCACGCUCAUACUACCAUGCAGCGCUCGCAGAAGAGUUAGCAGAAGGUCAUAGGGGUGGAGGACGAACUCAUAGAUUGUACAACAAGGGCUAUAUAUUACUGGAAGAACAAGCGACCGAUUCAUUCCAGAAUCUGCUGUUCAGCAUCCUCCUUUUCAGGAAGGCCACUGGCAACUAUCCGAAACAGAUUCGGGUAAUCACGCAUGCUUUCAAGUCGAAGCGUUUCCUCGAACUGCAUGCUCCGACUAUACGAUGGCCGAAAGAACGUAUCCUGGUGCAGGGCAUAGAUCCACCGAUGGCGAAUGACGCAUUACAGAGCACGCUUCGUGGGGAAGAAGAGAACGGAUAUGCGGCAUGGGAGAAUGACCCUAUGGGUACCGGAGAUCUUCUAGGUGGGAAGAGGCAGUUACGCGGAUGUGAUGAUAGCAAAGCAGCUCAGCACUUCAAAGAUUUGGAAGACAGUGUCAAGGAGUUGUUUCAGGGCACCGUAUCUGACGAGCUGCCGUGGAUAAGCUAGACCAACAAAGGCUCGGACUUGCG